AUGCAAAAAGUGCAUCGAGCUCUGCGUGUGGAUGGCAUGCUUCGCGUUGCUCUGCGUGCACAAGAAGACGCGGAUUCGAACUCUGGCACCGACGAUGCUGCGUGGCUAUUACGAGCGUUAGGCAAGAAGAAAAAGAAGAAAAGCAAGAAUGCAGCGGAGACCAAUGCAGUCAGAGCCUCGGGAACCGAAACAUCGGCGAAGAAGACGCAGCAGAAAGUAGAAAAUGAGCGAAAAGUGGGCGUCAUUGGGCUCUCCAUGUCCGUGCAGGAACGUCAGCAGUUGUGGCGCAAUGGGUCGACCAAGAAGCCUCUGGAUGAAGCUGCAGAGCAUACCAAACAGCAGGAACGAGAACGCCAGGAAACAGGCUUUGACCGGGUCUUCCAAGAAGUCUUCGGCAAGGAUCAAGUGGGACAGAAAGGAGCGGACGAGGAAGAGAUGGACAGCAUCCUUGGCGCUGCUAAGGCGUCCUCUCUGGGACUCUCUACUACGACAGCGUCGUUGAUGGCUACCAAUGACGGCAACGCGAAGGAAACUACAGAAACAGGGAAACGCAGAGCUCCAGACGACGUAGAAGAAAACUCUUGGGGCUUUGCUUCGACUGAGAACAGUGCACUAAGUCUCGAUGACUUUGACGCUGAAGAAGACAGUAACAAUGUGGAUUCUGGUGCCUUUAAAGCUGGAAACGCUGCAGGAUUUGAGCGAUGGAAGGCCGAGGACGCACAGAGAGCUGUGAGUGACAAUUUUGUCAAGUUAAACAUGCGCAAGCGCUUCAAAGGAAGUUCUGGACGUGCCAAGAAGCGUCCAGCUUAUCUGCGAGCUCGGAAUGAGAACUCACUGGACGAAGCUACUGGCGAGAAGUCGACAGGAAUCGCGCCAGUUGUCGAUGCCAAUGGCAGUCAACAACGCAAGCUGGACAAGUCUUUGCUGGCUGACGACGGAGUGGACUUCAUUGAGGAAUGUCUGGAGGCGUUGGCCAAGGCGGAGAAGGCGCAUGAGCUCACUAAUCAGGCAACUGACUCGAAGUCCCCUAAGCAGGGAUUGGAACCCCCGAGAUGUCAUCAUGCGCUGGUCUGUCCGAGACGCAUGUUGUGGCGGUCAACUCGAGAUUGGCUCGAACGUCAUCUCGACUUGAAGGCAGCUACCAUCGAGACGUUCCUGACGCUGCUGGCACUGGAGACACAGCGAGAACGAGCUGUCAAGGAAGACAGGACAGGCCUACGUGUCACGCUGCAGCCUCAGAGUAUGAGUCGAUGCACGCUGCAGCUACUGGACUCACAGGCGAAGAAAUUGGCGCCUCGCUCAUGUGUGAAGAUGUUGCUGGACGCUGCGCAACGCAAGGAGCUGCCUCAUGGUCAUGUUUCACAUCGCAAGGACGGGUACUUGAGCUCCUGGACUGUAGACUUUCACUUGCACGAGACAGCGCAGUGGUACGCGCGUGUUGGCGGCAAGAAAGAAGGCUCUGCAACGCCUUUGGCGACUUUAGAUGCGCAACAGGAGGGAGAGACGAACGCUGCUGCGGUGGCUGCAGCAACCAACGAACGGCGGAUGCUACAGGAGCUGCGAGCUGCGCAACAGACUGGCCAGAUCCAGCGCCUGACGCUGUCGCAGCCAGCGUUCCAGCUGCAGCUGAGCUGGCGAGUCGACGAGACCGAAGAGAUGAAGACCGAGGCUGCGGAACGAUGGACCGCCAGUCUGUACGCGAAGCACGAACACCUCGAGUCACGGCAGCUCGCUCGUCUUGCGCAGCUGUACAGUGCACUACACGCAGCUGCGCUGCCAGCGCCAUCUCCGUCCAGACCGCACGACGAGAAUGAAGAAGAUCUUGAGAGUAAGGCCCUCGCUCUGGAGACGAAACUCGUGCACUACUUCGAGGACGAAGAUAGUGACGAAGGAGAGGAAGACGAACGUUUACUACACAAGAUGCUACGUCCUCUUACCGCAUCUCUGAUCGAGGCAAUUGAGCGAGACACGAGCUCGCUGAUACAGCUGCGUCUUGGUGGGAAUCCGAUGGAGGAAAGUAGUGCCGAGGACAGAGAGGAGAUCAUGUGGACGAGCUAUGCGGUGGCCAAGGUGUUUCACGGGCUUACGACGCCGCAACUCCCGACACGACAGUGGCGCGACCACGUCUGCUGGCGUCGCUACUCCGACGUCGCCUUCGAGCGCAUCGUACAGAUUGCAAACAGAGUGUUAGUGGAGAAUCAAGCUACAGCAAGUAAGGAUUUAGCGUCUAUAGAAGAAUAA